AUGUGCAGCGGCUGUGUAAAUGAAGUUGGUAACGGUGUAGUAACAUUAUUUAGUCUUUCGUUCACUUAUUUGGUGUUUGCUGAUUUCUGUGUUAUCGCUGUUUCAGUUCUUGGGAUACUGAACAUUCUAGUCGCCGAGGGUGUUGCUGGAACGUAAAAAUAAGAAUAGAAACUUAUUUUCAAACUUCUCUCUGUAAAGCUCUGAGAAUUUAAAUAGUAUUCCUGAAACCAUCAAGAAGAACAAUGUCUGUGACACUGCACACAGAUGUAGGUGAUAUUAAAAUAGAAAUAUUUUGUGAGAGGACACCUAAAACAUGUGAGAACUUCUUGGCUCUUUGUGCCAGUAAUUACUACAAUGGCUGUAUAUUUCAUAGAAAUAUCAAGGGUUUCAUGGUUCAGACAGGAGAUCCAACCGGUACUGGAAGAGGAGGUAACAGUAUCUGGGGCAAGAAGUUUGAGGAUGAAUACAGUGAAUAUCUUAAGCACAAUGUUAGAGGUGUCGUAUCUAUGGCUAAUAAUGGCCCAAACACCAAUGGGUCUCAGUUCUUCAUCACCUAUGGCAAGCAGCCACAUUUGGACAUGAAAUACACAGUAUUUGGAAAGGUAAUAGAUGGUCUGGAGACUCUGGAUGAAUUGGAGAAGUUACCAGUAAAUGAGAAGACAUAUCGGCCUCUUAAUGAUGUACACAUUAAAGACAUAACAAUUCAUGCCAACCCAUUUGCUCAGUAGCUGUAAAAGACCUGGACAGAUACUUGGCAAACUGUUCCCUGGAACACACCCAUCGUAGGUUAGCCAGUUGUAAUUAUCUCAGAGACUGUCAUCCUCUUGUUUACAGCUAAGAUCAUCUACGAGUUGUUGGGACCAAGGAGAGCCCAACAGCUUUUACCCCCCUUCUUAGAGCAUAUUCUUUAUGUCUGUUAUCCAAUGUAUUUCUUUAAGAUAAUACCUUGUUUUUGUUGCAUGUAAAUAUUCAUUUUUAAAUGCUAAUCUUUAAUUAAAUGCAGGCAUUUUGAGCACUUCAGUUACAUGCUACCAUAGCUAAUCCAUAUCCUAGAAGUAUUAUUUUUUUCACUAACUAUUCACUUUAUGCACUUAGAAAGAGGAGCACCAGCCAGGUAUGGUGGUGUAUGUCUGUGAUCUCAGCACUCAGGAGGCUGAAACAGGAGGAUCACAAGUUCAAGGCCCACCUGGGUUACAUAGCAAGAUCCUUACUCCAAAAAUAAAGAAAGAAAUAAAAAAGAAGAAGAGAACCAAGAUAAAGAGAUGGUGUAAAAACCAGUCUGUUACUUUUUUUCUGUCUUUAGAUUUACGGUAAAGCUCUAACAAAUGCUAGAGUGCAAUAAACACUCAACAUUCCCAACUUACUUGUUCAUGGAACAUUUUUUAAAGUUUAAUCUUUUAAAACAUUGAAAAUGCAACGAACUGGUUAAGAGCACCUGUUGUGGAGUCCUGAUCUGUGUCACAAUGCUCCUUAAUGCCU